AAAGUUACCUACAUUUUUCUAUUGCUUAUAAGUCGAAAUCAAAGCUGUCUCACUCUGGAAUAGCGAGCCACAAAUGUUUUAAUUCAGGCAAUAUCUCAAGCCAGCAUGUGAUAUAUUUUUGUCCAAUAAAACGGUUGUUGUGACUGCAGAGAUUAGUGCGGCUGUAGAAGCCAACAUGGAGAAAGGCAGAGUGACAGCUAAAGCACUUGGUGAACAUGCUCUAUUUGGGAUGGGCAACCCCCUGCUGGACAUCUCAGCUGUUGUGGACAAGGACUUCCUUGACAAGUAUGGACUGAAGCCCAAUGACCAGAUACUGGCGGAGGACAAGCACAAAGCCAUGUUUGACGAAAUUACAAAGAAGAGCAAAGUUGAGUACCAUGCAGGUGGCUCCACCCAAAACUCAGUGAAGAUUGCCCAGUGGAUGAUCCAGACGCCUCACAAGGUGGCCACGUUCUUUGGCUGCAUCGGGACGGACCACUUUGGAGAGAUCCUGAAACAGAAGGCUGAGGAAGCCCAUGUAGACGCUCGCUAUUACCAACAGACCCAGGAGCCAACCGGAACCUGCGCUGCCUGCAUCACUGGUGACAACAGGUCCUUGGUUGCUAACCUGGCAGCAGCAAACUGCUACAACAAGGAGAAACACCUGGAUCUGGAUGGCAACUGGGAGCUGGUUGAGAAAGCCAAGGUCUAUUAUAUAGCGGGUUUCUUUCUGACGGUGUCCCCAGAGUCAAUCCUGAAGGUGGCGAAGCACGCCUCUGAAAACAACAAGAUCUUUAGCCUGAACCUCUCAGCUCCCUUCAUCAGCCAGUUCUUCAAGGAGGCCAUGAUGAAGGUCAUGCCGUACGUCGACAUCUUGUUUGGCAACGAGACGGAGGCGGCCACUUUUGCCAAAGAGCAAGGUUUCGAGGAGACGGAUGACAUUGCAGAGAUUGCCAGGAGGGCCCAGAGCCUGCCGAAGGUCAACAAGAAGAGACAACGAGUGGUGGUCUUCACUCAGGGCAAGGACGAUACUGUGGCCACUAUCGGUGAGAAGGUAACCAUGUUUUCUGUCCUGGACAUUGACCAGAACGACAUUGUGGACACUAACGGAGCAGGAGAUGCCUUUGUGGGAGGCUUCCUGUCAGAGCUGGUCCAGGAGAGGCCGUUGGAGGAGUGUAUCCGUGCUGGCCACUAUGCAGCCAAUGUCAUUAUCAGACGAGCGGGAUGUACCUUCCCUGAGAAACCUGACUUCCCUUGAUGUACCCAACCAUUAUCCCCCAACCACAAAUGUAUUUUCCUUACCUUACAAACACCUGCAUAAAGCUGUGUGUAUGUAUGUGCCUCAAAGUUGUGGGUGUAAAGUUUGUUUAAGGUUUACAAUAAUUCCAUGGAUAUAACCGGUAAACAACAUUGUCGCUAUGUGUUGUAACUUGCUGUGAGAUUAUUGAUCAUCAGUGAUUCAAUUUGCUUCAGUAGAUUACUUUUUAAGCAACUUUCUAAACAACACUCCACUUUCUAUGCACCAUCUGUCAGUUCAAAACCACUAAAUAUUAACUCUCAUUUAACUCAUUGUUUUGGCUUGGCUAUUAAAAGGUUACGAUGUCUAAUACUAAGGACCAGGGGUUUUUCCUCGCCAGGUCAAUAAUACGUGGUCUAGAAAAACUCAGGGCCCUACUAUCAAUAAAGUACUGUCUGAAAUGUGGAGUUUGAUAUUAUUAUUAUUUUCUUAAAUGUUUACUGAAUACAAUGGUAUGUUGCCAUGUUUGUUUUGCCAUGACGCACAAUAUUGUUCAUUAAAACAACAGGCGUGGGUGGUCUGAGA